AUGAUCGCAGCUUCCGGAUUUGCUCCUGCCGGCACUAGUGGUAGUGUCGACAUGCCGAUGCUGAUGCUGCAGCAUCCGCCGCGCCCCGCGCGCGCUCGCCUCAUGCGCCCCUUCGUCGGCGCCGGCGUCCACCACGCCGCCUUUGUGGGCGAGCCCCAGGCGUGGGCCAGCAGCAAUGUGCCGCUUGUCCGUGCGGCGCUGCUGCACCUGUGGCUGCGGUGCAUGUGCAGAUCAGCUGAUCUGGAUCAAGGGCAGAUCACAGAUCUGGAGAUCAGGGGGUUCCUUUUUGUGGAGCCGCGGAACACGCAGCACAUCAACAGUCCGGCGGCGCCGCUGCUGCAGGGAUUCCACACAGAGUUCUCGCCUAACGUGACUGCAGCGCUGCCGAGCGGCAAGCGCCUGCCUUUUCUAUACACGCCGCCCUUUGUGCCAGCAAAUGUGCCUGCUAGUCUGAGGCUGGGGAUCCCAGGCAACUUCAGCGUUGGCAAUGACAUCACCAUAUCCCUAGAGGGCUGGCCGCAGUACACCCUGCUGUCCCUCGGUGAUUGCACCGCCACACCCGGCGACAGCAGGGCCCGCCAUCAACGGCGGCGGCGCCAGCGACCAGAGCAGGCGGCGCAGCAUCAGCAGCAUCAGCAUCAGCAGCAGCAGCAGCAGCAGCAGCAGCAGCAGCAGCAGCAGCAGGAGGAGGAGGAAGAUGAGCAGCAGCAGCAGGAGGAGGAGAAGGGCAGCAAAGAGGCCCAGCCGAAGGGCCCGCCCGUCAUCAUAGUGAGCAAGAACCUGUACAACCAGGACAUGUCAUUCGUCGCGGCCAUCAUAGCAGCCAGCAUGGCAUACCACUCACAGAUUGGCGUGUCCCGCUGGGAGGUUUACGUGACUAAGGCGCAGGCCACCACAAUGCUGCGCAACACGGAGCUGCGGCGGCUGGCGCGGGAGGGGCGCGUCGGCUUCAUCACCAUCAACUCGCUGGCGCACUACCGCAAGUGCGCGGGGGAUGAACAGGCGCGAAGGUCGCGGUACACCCACGCCGUGCUGACUCACUGGGGAGAGGACGUCCGCCUGCUGUUCACUGACUACGACGAGUUUGUGGCGCUGCCCCCAAAAACCUCCCUGCAGCAGUUACUCGCGCGGCACCACCACCCAGUGCUGUACCUGACGUCGCAUUUUGUGUUUGACAAGCAGCUCAAUGCGGGCGCCAAUGAGUCGGCGGCGUGGCGAGGGGCGGCCAAGGCGGGUACGGGCGUGACAGGCUCGCGGGCGGUGGCGGCGGCGGCGGGCGCGGCCAAAGGGAUGCUGCAGCUUCUGGACGGCUACUCGCUGCGGGCGGGUCCGAGCCAGGCCAAGACAAACCCCCUCGGCCAGGUCAAGGCACUGGUGGAUCCAAACGUGGUCGACCAGAUGUUCAUCCACACUGCCCACACGUUCGACCCGCGCGGCGAGAGGCGCUUGCCGAGGGAGGAGGCGUUCAUUGCAGAGGUCUACAACAUAUUUCAGCACAGGCUGGCGGCCGGCGCGGAUGCCGUGGAGGAUACGGGGUGGCACUGGGCCGCGGAGGCCGCGGUGGCUGACCUGGCGCAGAGGGUGGCCCGCAGCGACGAGGCCGGGGCCUCCCCGGCGCUGGAGGCGUCGUCUGCUGCGGCUGUGUCUUCGCCGGUGCCGGUGCAGCUGCGCCGGCUGCUGGGCUGGGUCUAUCGUGCUCUGAAAUUGUAA